AUGAACGGACUCGGUGUUGGUGGCUCCCAAAGCCCGGACUUAGUGAACGCCGCCAACGCCCUUCUCUAUGCAUUCAUGACCAUCACUUGCUUUGCCGGCCCGUGGAUAACGAAUGUUAUUGGCUUCCGCUGGACCCUAUCUCUGGGUUCAAUAGGCUAUCCGCUUUACGCAGCUGGUCUAUAUCUUAACAAUCGCACCGGUGCUACGUGGCUUGUCUAUCUUGGCUCUGUCACAUGCGGUAUUAGUGCUGGCUUCUUUUGGAGUGUUGAAGGGGCCGUCGCUACAGGCUAUCCGGAGCAACACAAGCGAGGUCGCUACAUUGCUACAUGGUUUACAUUCCGCAACUUCGGAAAUAUUAUUGGAGGCGCUGUUGCCCUCGGAAUCAACCACAACGUCAAUCAGCGAGGAAAGGUCGGCUACCAAACUUACCUUGCUUUCAUUGCGAUUCAAUGUCUGGGUCUAUUCAUCGGUUUGCUUCUCUCAAACCCUGAUAAGGUCCAACGAGAUGAUCAUACUAAAAUUGAAGCGCCUCGCAAUAUCCAUUGGCGGGAUGAGAUGAAAGCAAUGUGGCGCCUGGGUACGAGCAAGUCGAUUCUUCUCCUGGUUCCAUUAUUUUGGUACUUUGGGUGGAUCCAGGCAUAUCCUGGCACAUACCUUGCGACCUAUUUUACAGUCAGGUCGCGCUCACUUGGGAGCUUCAUGAAUGCCGUGGUAGGCACAUUCGCAACGUGGCUUGGCGGCUCACUAGUUGACCUUCCAUGGCACAAGAGCCGCAAAGUACGAGCCAUUACCACUUUUAUUUUGAUCGCGGUGCUUAACAGUGCAACCUGGAUCUGGGCAGUCGUCAUUCAGAAUGAAUAUCGACAAACUAAGCCUGUCCUGAGACUGGGCCGACCAACGUGCAUUCGGUCGAGGAUUUGGUCUUUUCUUGUUUGA